AUGGAAUUUGUGACAGGCCUGGAUGUCCUCCGAGCAGUGGCUAGCUGUCCCAUCGGUCUGGACUACUUGAAAGACCCAGUGACCAUCAGUUGUGGGCAUAACUUCUGUCUCUCCUGCAUCAUUAUAUCCUGGAAGGAUCUAGAUGAUACUUUUCCCUGCCCUUUUUGCCACUUUUGCUGUCCAGAAAGGAAAUUGACAAGCAAUCCUCAACUGGGUCGUUUGACUGGAAUUGCUAAGCAACUCCAGAUAAGAAGCAAGAGAAAGAGGCAAGAAGAGAAGCAUGUUUGUCAGAAACAUAAUCAGGUUUUGACCUUUUUCUGUCAGGAAGACCUAGAGCUUUUAUGUCCAAGGAAUACCAGCAUUAGUCUUUUUUGGAUCAUGAGUCUUUUGAGUGUCUUUCCAAAUCUCACUUGCAGUGGCACGAUCUUGGCUCACUGCAACCUCUGCCUCCCAGGUUCCAGCGAUUCUCCUGCCUCAGCAAGCUAA